AUGGUACACGGUCGCAAAGAUUUCGUCGGACGCUCUAAAAAGUCUGCUGACAAACAGAACCAUAUAAAGCAAAACGUGUGGAUAAAUGAAGCCAAUCAAGAACUAACUCCAUGGUACAUAUGGGACUACAAAGUUCCUACCAGUAACAAUAAAAAAGAGGAGAAACCAGAACGCUUCUCCCAAAUGACAAAUAACGAGACAAUCAAAACAUUCAACAAAGAUCUGAGAGAAUAUCUUCUUUGUUCUACUUUACAUGGUCUACGUUACAUUGGUGAAAAGAAGCUCACGUGGUUCGAAAGGUUCUUCUGGCUAACAGCGUUCCUAUUCUCACUGAUGUGCGCGGGAUUCUUCAUAUUGAACGUGUAUGCUAAAUGGACGAUGUCGCCGAUGAUAGUGAGCAUCAACCCUGAAAACAUGGCUCUCGAGAACCUGCCGUUCCCAGCCAUCACCGUUUGCAACGUGAACCAAGCGAAGAAGUCGGUGGCGCAGCGGUAUCUGAGUAAAGGAUCAUCUGUUAAUAAGAAAUUAUUGGAGAGUUUGUGUUCCGCACAACACGAUGCAGAUAUUUUCGAAGACGAGUUGGCGGAAGCUGCCGAUUGGGAUUACAUGCGAUCAUUUCUCAUUAAUGUGACACAGCCAUGCAAUGAGAUGCUCGCUAGUUGCUCUUGGAACUCGCGCAAAAUGAGCUGCGUGGACUUAUUCAAUGCGCAGCUCACUGACGAGGGCCUGUGCUGCACAUUCAACGUGGUGCACAGGGAGAAAAUGUUUCAAAAUCCGUAAGUACAACUCGUACAAAUUAACAUAACAUCUAAAGGCAAUUCUAUUUCUCCACAAAAGAAAAGUCGUCUGUUUUCGAACUGUACCUCUAGUACAAUUUUUUAUAGUUUUCGUAAACUCAUUACGUUACCAUACAUUUCACAGUAACGCUUCUAGCAAAAAGUCAAGUCAAAUUCGUUUAAACUAUCCAAUUACUUAUUAAGCUUCUGCUACACUAUCGUUAUGCCUACGCGAUUCAAUACUGUUUAGGCUUGCCCACAAGCAAGAUAGAACGUGUAGUCGGGCCUUUGCACCCGUAGGAAAACCAAUGGUCAAUACUACGGCAAUUACCCUAUUCUAUGGUUUUAUGCAAAAUAAUGCUUUUAUCGUUCAUUUAAUUUGUAGUACAAAAUAAUGUUUAAUAUUAGACAUUGAGUUUCAAAGCAAUAGUUUAUUAUUGUAAUGUGUAAAAUUUUGUAAUAAACAUACAAUGAUAUUACAAUAAAGAAGGGUAGAUAAUGUCAAAAAUUGUCCCCAGCCUACACACACGCCCAUGAAACACUACAAUUAAACAUGUCACAGGCCAGACGUAUAAUAAUUAAAUGCCUACUUUUACCUAAAGUUAAAGACAAUUAACAGUUCAACUUAAAAAUGUUGAUGUCCAAUAUUAUUAUUUCUCCUUAUCGUUAGUGUAUAUAUUAUUUGCACGUGUAUAAAUAAAGAAGCUUCAAGCGAUAAAAUAAACCUGACACUGAUAAUGUGUAUAAUAACACGACGGCUUCGAUCCAAAUCGGAAUUGAAGUAUUUUUUUAUUCCGGAGAUAGGUUUUGAUGCUCGAAAUUCAAACACCGGAGUUUCGGAGUUUCAGUAUCAUAUAGAAUUUCUGCUAUAUAUUUUUGAUUAAUCAUCAUAAAAAAAAACAAUCAAUUCAAUAUCAAAUAUAUAAAAAAUAUGUGUUUCUUAUGGAAACAAUCCUCUUUCUCACAUGAACAUUUCAAUCGAGUGGCGAAACUAAGAUGGUUUCCAUUUUCCGUUAGAAUUACUUUCAGUUAGACGGUAAACUUGCAACUUAUACUGCCUUUUACUCUAAAACCAUUCGAUAACUACUAUUUUUAAUUUAUUAUGGUUUCCUCUAUAGGCGCCGUUAUGAAAUAGCUAUAUGGAAACAAAAUAUGGCAAAGGUAGUUUUCGAAAACGAAUACUAGACGUACGGGUUUGUUGCGUCUUUAUCUUUUUGUUUUUAUAAAAGUGUAAAAAAGACCAUAAUAAAGCUGUGAAGUUUACAACGGGUUCGGAUUUAUGGGUUCAAGUCCCAUAUGUCCAUAGUCUAUAUAUGGAAUCGGUACUAAUCGUGGUUUAUCACUGAUAUUAGAUGCUAAUGUCGCAGAAUAUUACUGCUCUUCUACUAAAAGCGCUGGAUUUAAGAUUCUCCUGCACAAUCCAACGGAGACUCCUAAGAUCACAAAUCUCGGUGGAAUCUAUGGGCCGGGUAUAGAGGCACGAGUCUCCAUUCUACCGCGCAUCCUGGACGCCCAACCUGACUUGCGCUCCAUAGAGAUCAAAAAGAGACUUUGUCUGUUCUCCAGCGAGACCAACUUAGUUUUUUACAGAACGUAUACUUUAAAGAACUGUGAAAUGGAAUGCGAGGCAAGAGCAAUGCUGGAAUUAUGUGGAUGCGUGUUCUAUUAUAUGCCAAGUAAAGAAUGCGAGGAGUGUCUACCAGCGUGCACCGAGAUAGCAUUUUUCGAGCGCGUCAGCUCCGCGCCUUUGAGCAAGGCCCUAGUAAAGCACCUUGCCAAGAACCUCAACAAAACAUUAGACUACUUUGUGUAA